UGUAAUCCUAUCAGGAUAUCAAGUUUUAAAUUCUUGAACUACCCCUUGAUAAUCACUAGUUCCUUCACCAAAAAUGCCUUCAUCUUCCCCUUCCAAAGUUAGUCGCUUUUCUGAAUCAGAAAAUUCAAAGGAAACAAUGAGCUUGAAAUACAAAGAUAUAAUAUCAACCCUCCCAAAACUAGACCCCCCUCAUCCUACUUAUGAAAUCACUCAAUACAAUGGCUUUUGGUUCCAUUCUAGCACUUUAGAAGCAACUUUAUCCCUCUCAGAAAACUUCAAGGCUCAACCCUCGGAUAUUUUCCUUUGUAGUUCUCCAAAAACGGGUACCACUUGGCUUAAAGCCUUAGCCUUUUCAAUUAUGACUCGAGAUCGUUUCUUGGAUGAUGAUUCGACAAAUCCUUUACUCAACAAGGUACCUCAUGAAUGCGUAGCAACGUUGGAAGUUGAUUUUUACGCCAAACCUAUUGCCCUGGACACUGAAUUGCCAGUGUUGGCUACACAUUUUCCUUAUGCUUGCCUUCCACCAACUAUAGUACAGUCUGAUUGCAAGAUCAUUUACAUAUGUAGGGAACCGAAAGACACCUUUGUUUCUUGGUGGCAUUACGGUAAAAAGCAACAAGAAACCUUCGGUGUAGAGAGUGGUAUUACACUCGAACAAGAAUUCAAAUGGUUUUGUGAUGGGACGUCCAUGUAUGGACCCUAUUGGGACCAUGUCUUGGAAUACUUUAAGGAAAGUGUAGAGAGACCGGAGAGGGUGUUCUUCUUAACGUACGAGGACUUGAAGAGUGACACGUUGUGCUAUGUGAAGAAAUUGGCGGAGUUUAUGGGGAAGCCAUUCUCUGAGGAGGAAGUGAAUCAAGGUGUGGUUGAAAAAAUAGUUGCACGUUGUAAUAUCAAAAGUUUGAGCGAUUUAGAGGUGAAUAAGAGCGGCUAUUUUGACUUAAAACCUUGGAAAAUCAAUAAUAGUUCCUUUUUCCGUAAAGGAGAAGUUGGAGAUUGGAAGAAUCUUUUAACCGAGGAUAUGGCAAACUCAAUUGACCAAAUAACACAGGAAAAAAUUCAGUCUGUGGGCUUGUAUUCCCUUAGCGAGAACAAAACAAAGGAUUAAGGAAGUAUUAAUGAACGUUUGGAGAUUGCUUUUGGUUUUUCAUUUAAUUCUGUCUUUCUUCUUGUUGAUCUUCUUGAGUUCUCAUGUACCAUGUCUGAUGUCCGUAUCUUGUUAUGAUUUGCAAUAAAAUGGUUAUUCUGAAUA